GGUUUUGAAGCAUAUCAAAAGUGGCCGUGUCAAUAUUAAAGGAUUAAGGAAAGGAUUUAAAGUUCCUUCUGAAAGACAAGAAUCUCGAACUUGGACUGGGAGUAGGCCAAUUAAGAGUUAGCCACGCGGCCGCACGAACAGGUGUCGUCGCUUCCAGCCGCAACAGCAACAUCAGCAGCAACAGCAGCAACAGCAACAACAGCAGCAACAACAGCAGCAACAGCAACAGCAGCAACAACAGCAACAUCUAGUGACAGCAGCAACAUCCAAAGACAGCAGCAACAAGUGGCAUCAUUAUCAUUUGCGGUUUUGAUCAUCGGCGGGGCGGUUUGCGCCGUUGCCUCUGCUAGAAAACGGGAAAUCGGAAACAUGUUCUCCUCCAGCGCCUCGGCCGCAUCCACAUCCACAUCCUUCAAUCUCGGCCAGCUGCUGCCUUUGGCCGUCGCCAUCGGAGUGUUGCAACUGCCGCAGUUGGAGUGUCAUGCUGGCUGGGCAACCAGAACGCCAGAGAAUUCCAUUAACGAGACGAUCCCCACCAUCACCACCACCACCACCACCACCACCACCAGCAAUGGCAUGCAAAUCCAGACGAUGCAGGUGAACUGCAGCCGGGAGCUGCUCGAGAUGCACCUGGAGUUGAGCCGACCCUUUCGUGGCCUGCUGUACGCCAAGGACUUUCCGCUGGAGUGCCGCGCACGGGGCAAGGAUUCCACGCGUCUGCAUCUGCGCAUUCCCACAUCCGGAUGCGGAGUGCGGGCGGAGCCACUGGAGGACGGCAGUCUGGAGUACACGGUGCGCGUGAUGCUGCAGAAGGAGCAGAAGCUGCGCCAGAGCACCGACAUCCUCAGCUCGGUGCGGUGUCAACUGCCGCCCAAUGCGAUGGGCAUGCCGCUUCCGGUGUUGCGACAGGAAAAGGGACACGACAGAAAUGCCAGGAUGCGAGCCCUGGCAGCUGCUGCGCUUCCAGCAGUUGCUGCAACAUCAUCUCCAACGCAGCAGCGACGCGAGACGCCGCGCGUGAGGAUCUGGCUGGAGUUGGGCGGUCCCAAUGGCACUGGGUCCGUGGAGGUGGGCGUGGCCACCACGCUGACAGUGAGGGCUGUGGUGCCGGGCAAUAUCGGAGUGCGGGUGGUGGACUGUGCGGCGCUCGAUGGACUGGGCGAAUCCACGCAGCAAUUACUCGAUGCCCGCGGCUGUCCCAUCGACGAGCAGGUAAUGCCCGCUCUGCACACCCAGCACCGACCGGCGGAGGAGGGAUGGUCCAAGCAGCACGAGGAAGACCUGGUCGAGCGGACGUUCGCGGCCACGUUUCCCGCCUUCAAGUUCCCGGACCGCGAACGCCUCCACGUCAGCUGUGGCGUGCAGCUCUGCAAGGGGAAGUGUCCAACUCUAAAUUGUCGCCUGAAGACGCCUCCGCCGGCGCUGAGCGCGGAGCAGCACCUGGCCCGCAUCGAGGUGUUCAAUUCGCUGGCCGUGACAGCUCCGCAAAUCGAGGUGGACCGCCUGCGCUACGAUAGGCGCCACAACAUGAGCGGAGAGGAUUAUGCACCGCAUGUGAGGGCGCAGUCGAUGCCCGGCGAGGGAACCCUCUGUCUGUCCAUCUCCAAGCUGGCCAUCUCCUUUUGCGUUUUGGGCCUCAUCUUUCUGGUGGCCGUGGUGGUGGCCAUCUUCUCGCUGAUACGAUCGCGUCGUCGGGAGCGACGUCAUGGUACUGGAUUGGGUCUGGGACUGGGACUGGGAUUGGGAGUGGGCAUCGCCGGGACGAGCACCUCGAACAGUAGCAGCCGAUUGCAUCGGGAUCGGGCCGAGAUCUGCACCUCGAUGUUCUCAUCCAGCAGCGAAUCGGCGCAAUCGCAGCCGCGUUUUGGGGCCAAGUUCCUGAUGCCCUACUAUCCCAAUACCCUGCCCUACGGCCGUGUCUACUAAUUGCUUACGUAUAUUUACAUAGCAGAGUAGCAAAGUUAUUUAGUGGAGGGCGGGCUUCCCAGAGACUGACGGAAUCGUCUAACGAGUGGUACACCAAAAUAAGGUCUAACUUUAGCAAUAUUAUUAUUAUCCGUAGUUCCGUAACUUUCGUUUGGUCGAAAGGAUCUUGAAAGCGUUUUGCAAGCGGUUUGGGGGCCAAAAUGUGUUUUGAUGUCCUUUCGCUGUAGCUGUAUGUAAUAUCUACAUAGAUCU